AUGGCGAACUUUAGGCCGGGCUGGGGCAAUGCGCUCUUGGUCGUUGCCUUUACUGCCUUGUGGUUUUUCCUGGAAAAAGCGGCAGCGUUCGGCGCCGGCAACAUUCCCUCUAUCGCCCAAGUCGAGGGUCACAAUUGGAGACAUGGAGAUAUUGAGGAUAUGCUCAAGACGGUCGCCUUUCUUCACGGCAAGAAAUGGACGACCAUGAUGAUCGGGCGCGUUUACUUUGGCAACUGGCUGAGAGAUUACUCCCAAGCCAUCGAUGUCGGCAGUUUGAAGGGCAUCAACGCGGCCACUAUCCGAAUCAUUGUCUGGGUGCUCUCCUUCAUGGCCAACGGCUAUGCGACGGAGGAGUUUGAGGUUACCGAGGAGCGGCUGGGUGUCUACCGACCCGAGGAGCACAUCGAUAACCCACGUGGAUAUGCUGACGACAAAGAUGCCCGUGAAUAUGAUCCCCGCCUGCGAGGUCCCAUCAACCCCAGAGAGCUCGAGAUUGAUCCUCGCACUGGGAUGAAGAACUACAUCGCCAACGAGAGCGGCGGUUGGGCCACGAGUGCCGGUUAUCUGCGCUGGAGCUUCGCCCGCAGCAUCCACUUUGCCCGCGUCUAUACCAGCGGAGCCGGUGGCACGUCUGGCAAGGAGGCCGACCUGUGCGAAGCUCUGCGGUGCCUCGGCCAGGCCCUGCACUGCAUGGAGGACUGGGGCGCUCACACCAACUACUGCGAGCUGGCCCUCAUCGAGCUGGGCCACCACAGCGUCUUCCCUCACUGUGGCAGCGCAACCCAGAUCCACCUGAACGGGAAAUCGGUCUAUCCUCUUGUUACUGGCACUUUUGGAGCUGUGGACUUCUUGCACUCGGUUCUCGGCGAGGCCACCGACCACUUCACCCAGUCCGAAGUCGACGAGAUCGACAUCGCCCUCAAAAACGCCGAGCAGGCCAACAACUCCAGCAGCGGCCAGCGGGGCUUCUUCGGAUCCGGCUCGGGUGGCGGCGGCGAUUUCAUUUCCAUGCUGGGCCAGCUCCCUGGCGUCGGCGAUGGUUUCGCUUCGCAAGCUAGGGAUCUCAAGGCUGCGUCCGCUGCCCAGGAGAGGGAGAACGCGCGCGACGCCAGUAACGCAAACAUUAUGCCCGGGAUGAGCCCCAACUUCGACCCGGUCAAGGUAUCGGGACAGAUCUACCCGAUCAUGCAGUUCCGCGAUAGGAUCGUGCGGUCCAUCAACAACAUGAUCUCCAAGGUUCCGGGGCUGGAGAGCCUGCUUGAGCACAUCAGCGAGACGCUGACCGCCUUUAUCCUCGGCCUGUUGGCACCCUUUGUGCGGCCCAUCAUCAACCAGGUCAGCAAGGCGCUCAAGGAGGGCUCGUCGGGCCUGAUUGCCACAAGCGCCCAGCAGCAGUUCGAGCCCUGGAGCAACCCGCGCUGUUCCGACCCGACCCACUCGAUGCUAUCCAAGGACCACUUCACCAACAUCCUCAACUCGUGCGGCGGCCGUGUGUCCGUGACCAUCCUGCAAUACGUCGUCCCACGCAUCAUGUACGCGUGGGAGAACCCCGGCGUGCCCGUAGACGAGGUGCUCGACGACAUACUGCGCGCGUUCCACCACCCAGCGGCGCGCAACGACCAGAUCGAGAUCCAGCGCGAGAUGUUCGAGACGGUGCGCAAGUGGGCCCAGGAGACGCCCUACCGCAGCCGCCUCGACCACAUGCUGUCAUCCGAGUCAGUCAAGAACCACAAAAACCACGUCCUCAGCGGCGAGGCCGGCUCGCGCUCCGUCUCGGGCGGCGGCGGCCACCCGGGGGGCUGUGGCCACGGCUCCGACGGCGGGCACGGCAAGCCGGCCGGGUCGCUGUGGUCGCACAUCCAGAGCGUGAACCGCGACGCGCGCGAGCUCGGACGCGAGCCCAGGCUGCGGGUGGCGGCGGGCACCACGCGCCGCCGGCCGAUGCACGGCCAGGCGGCGGACGUACUACUCGGGCAGCGGCCCGCAGACGCCGCAGUCGUAUGCGGGCACCCCCGGGUCGGGGGGCUACGCAGCCAGCUACGGGCACCCGACGCCGGCCUCCCCGCGCAGCCCCCGUAUCGGCGCGCACCAGGGGUAUCCGGCCCCAGGGGGGUUAUGGACAGCAGCACCACCAGCACCAGCCGCCGCCGCCGCAGCCGCAGUACGGCGGUCACCCCCAGGGCGGUGCGUAUGGUCAGCCGCCGCAGCCGGAGGGCCUACCCCUCCACACAGCCAGCAGCCGCCUUCGUGGGGAGGUCAUUACCCGCGGUAUUAGGGCGGGAGAAACGGGUGGGUGAAGUGUGA